UCUGCUACCUGGAAAAGGUAUCGACGGAAGCUCCUCCCUAGUCGUAGACUCGACAGUGUUCGCUCACUGUGCAAGGCUGAAGGAGAGGAGAAGGGUGAUAUCUGACAGCGGUGCGGGGAAAUUCUCCUCUAAACCUAAAAAUAACGUUCGCGAUUGACUUUUUCCCCCUUGGCUUCGUUUUCUUUAUUGACUUGCUGCCCGUAACUGCCGAUCAGAAUAACAACAUCCAAGAGCGACCUGCUUUUUGUACAGAAGUCCAGGGCCGGCAAAAGAAGAACUGUUAUUUGUGGAAGUAGAAGUAUCUGGGACUGUUGUAAUUACUCCACGGAUUGUGACUCUAUCGCCCUUCUGCCACCACCACCAAAAUGAGUGUUAGCAUGAACACUGAGAGUGUUUUUCUGUCUGCUGUGCAGCCCCAUACUUCCGUCAGCACUUAUGCGGUCCCCUCCGAGAUCCAGCUCGGGCAUGGGGGUACUCUCUCGGACGAAGCCGCGAAGGCGAAGAGGGUCCAGCAACAGGUCCAGAUGCGCCUUGCUGAGAAGUUCACCUCCCUCCCGCGGGUAAACGGGUCCAGCUCUAAUUACGCAGCUUCAGAGUAUGGUGGCACCCAGACAAUGAAAUAUUCCACCUACGCCCCAGGAUUCAGCUCCAAGUCCCACAUGUACAACAUGAGCAGGACUAUUGCGGCGCCCAGGGUGUCGCAGACUGCCGGCUACUCCUCACGCUCGGCUGUGGAAAUGGGUCCUCGGCAAAGGGUCAGCCUCGGGGGCGGGCUCGGAGGCGGAGCCUAUCAGCACGAUGACAUGCGCAUGGGCGGCCAGCAGAGCAGCUACCAGCAGGUGGUCACCCGCACCAUGAGCCGGCCCGACCCCGAGACGCUCUCCCUGCGCUCGCUGCGUCUGCACAACAUGUCCCAGCAGCCGUCACCCGUGGCAGCGUGGAUGGCUCAGGACGGCAGUGAGGGCAGCCUGUCGGAGAGGGAGGCGGCCUUCACCCGCCAGCACUCUUACGCGGCCAGCAACGGCUACACCACCCAGAUGCGGCAGUCCCCAGCGCCCGGCACCAUGCGCCGUACCCUCAGCGGGACGCUGGCCCGUGCUGGCAGCAGUGGUGGGGGCGGCGAGAUGGAGGUCGUCCAGCAUUACCAGUCCUUCAAGGGCCCCGCCCACCGCACCAUCAGCCGCAUCGCCAACCGCAACAACCGGGCGAGCAUGGUCUCCUCCGUCUCCGGGGCCAGCACCCUGCAGCACCAGAUGUCCAGUGGCAGCAGCUACGGCGGCGGGCUGGCCAUGGGGGGCAUGUCCAGCAGCUCCCAGGUCUUCCUGCCGCGCACCCUGUCCGUGAAGAGCGUGCACAGCGUGGGGAAGGGCGUUGACGUGUGUGAUGGCCAGAUGAUCAUGGGCAGCAUGGGGAACCUCAGUGGAUUCAGCCAUAUGGACAUGCCCACAGCUGUCAGCUACUUGUCCAUGGAUGACACAGAACUGCAAGUGCAAGGAGCAGCCUACAUCCAGCAUGAGUGCUACCAUAACAAUGAUGCUAAGAAGCAGGUGUAUCAUCUGAAGGGAAUCCCUGCGAUGGUGCAGCUCUUCAACAGCGAAAACCAGGAGGUGCAGCGUUACGCCACAGGAGCCAUGCGUAACAUCAUCUACGAGAACAUGGACAACAAGGCGGCGCUGAUCGAGGCCGGGGGGAUCCCAAUGCUCAUCUUGGCCCUCAAGGAGCCAGACGACGAGCUCCGCAAAAACAUCACUGGUAUUCUAUGGAACCUGUCCUCCAAAGACAGUCUGAAAGACAAACUGGCAAAGGAAACACUGACUGACCUGACAGAGAAGAUCCUGAUUCCUCUGUCUGUUAGUGGAGAGUCUGACACCAUCCAGCAAAGUCCCUCCGAGUCCGAGAUCUUCUACAACACCACCGGCUGCCUCAGGAACCUGAGCUCUGUGAAUGAGAAGACGCGGGGCUUGAUGCGGGAUAUGCGGGGCUUGGUAGACUCACUGGUGGGCUACAUCCAAACCUCCCUGCAGGAUGGCAAGGUGGAGGACAAGGGGGUCGAGAAUGCUGUGUGUGUCUUGCGGAACCUGUCCUAUCAGUUGUAUGAGGAGAUGCCGCCAUCCAUCCUUCAGCGAUUGGAGGGACCAACAAGAGGGCAGGACAGUGGAAUGAAUGACGCCAUUGGCUGCUUCACCCCCAAAAGCAAGAAAGCCAAGGAUAGACAGAACCAGGACCUGUCUACAUUCACAGAGGUGGCAAAACAGCCGAAGGGCGAGGAGUGGUUGUGGCACCCCCAGGUGGUGGGGCUUUAUAAUCGCGUGCUCCAGCGCUGUGAGAUCAACACCACCACACGCGAGGCGGCCGCUGGGGCUUUACAGAACAUCACUGCGGGGGAUAAGAGGUGGGCGUCGGUGCUCAGCCGGGUGGCGUUGGAGCAGGAACGCAUGCUGCCUGUGAUCAUGGACCUCCUGCGCACCCACAGCGACGUGGAGCUGCGUUCACUGACGGGCUUCCUGAGGAACCUGUCCCGCCAUGCCAAGGACAAGGGCGCCAUGGCGACCAAGGUGGUUAGCACCUUGGUGGCCAAGCUGCCUAAAGACGGCCACCAGAAGGAGCCCUCCAGCGAUGUAGUGAUCAACAUCUGCGGAGCCCUCAACAACCUGGUGAUAGGCAGCCAGCUGGCUGCCCGGGACAUCACUUACUUUGAUGGACUCACAAAGCUGGUGGCCAUCAAGACCAGCCAUGACAACAGCUCGGCGAAGCAGAAAGCAGCCAAGGCAGCGUCGACAGUGCUCUGCAACAUGUUCCAGUACAAGAAGCUCCACAAGGACUAUAAACAGAAAGGGUUCACGAGACAGGACUUUGCUGAUGGAACCAUUUGAAGUGGAACUGCUGUUGCCAUCCUGUUGCGGCUACUAAACCGGGCAAGGGAUGUUUGACUAAAAACACUCUUCUCUCUGCUGUAUAGUUAACCCACCUGACACUGUAUGUGUACAUAUAAACAUGGAAACACCAGACCUACAAGUGAUGGCGAAGAUGAAAGUGGUAUUUUGUCCGAAUGAAUGUAACACCAAGGAGCCAUGCUUAUGGAGAAUGAACUUUUACUUUUUUGCUCAGAUGGACCUGCUGUAAUAUUCUCCACGGAUUUCAGACAGUUGUUUUUUUCUUUGUGAGCUUACUAGAUGGAUCUCAGUGUCAAUAAGUUAUAACCAUUCUUCAACGGAAUGCAACUCCACUGCCCUCCCUCCAAAUCCUGACUCCGCCCAGAGAGGCUGGGUCCCUGACAGCACUGUAUGGAAACAAGAUGGAGCUUGUUAUUUCUAAUUCACGGGAAAUACCUGUUAUCAAGUCCUGCAGGACCACUCUUGCUCCUUUUGAAGCGUUCCUUUCCAUUCACUUUAUGCAUUGGUGUCCUUGUGCCCUUCCUCACAAAAUGCAUCACAAUACAAACCAAUGGGGAAAGAAAAUGUGCCUGCAGCAGAACAGGACGUAAUGUAGAAAACCCAGGGUGGAGUGGUGAAUCACUGGAGUUAAUCAUCUACAGUGCGUGUGAGAGGAAUCUUGACAGCUUCUUGUCCAUAGUAAGAGUCCACUGUCUAUCUUAUCUGACUCAAACCAUGAACAGGGCUGAACAGAAGCAUCACCUGACCACUGACCCAAGAACAGUCCCCGUGCUCUCAGCAGCACACAACCUAGAGUCACUUGCCAGGUUAUAAUUGUGAUGGUAGUGACUUUCAUCCUGCCGCAUGAUGUGGGGUUGAAUGUUUGGCCUUAUUCAUUUUCGGGAUUCAAGGAGUGAUAUCCUCAUCCUGCUACACUACACCUCAUUUUGGGGGUGCCUGCCUAUAGGUAAAGACACACACACACACACACACACACAAAAGCUGGUGUAAGACUGUCUGAAUAUGGUGCCCUCAAUGGAGGCAGGACACAGGGCAUAGAUAUAUAUAUAUAUAUAUAUAUGUAGUCUGCAUUCUGAUGGAUGCUAUGCAAUGUGGCUACACAGCUUUCCCACAUGUUCAACUGUUGUCUAUUAUGACUUGAACCAUACUAGUUUUAUUCUAAAUACAGUAUAAUUCUCAGGAUUUUACAACAACUGCAAAUACUCCUCAUCUAACAAUUCAUGCAAUGUAAAAUUUCCCAAAACAAUUUAACUUGUAUCUGUCCAUAAAUAUAUGUCUUUGCAGAACAACUAUAUUUUUGUAAGACUGGCAUCUGUGUUAUAUGAAAUGUAAAGAAUGUCAUUUGGGUGUCAAAGGGUGUCAUACUAUGCCAAAGUGGAUGCAGGAUCAGGGAUUUGUAAGUGAAUGGUUGAUACCGUGUGCUUGUGUGAAUGUGAUUUUAAAGGCCUUUUUAUUC